UCUUUUCUACCUUUACUCGGUGUGUUCUGCUGAUGGUAACUUAGCCCCUUCACACGGGAGAGACAAACCAAAAGGUUGACAGUCAGAAUUUGAUGACUCUGCAGUGGUGUUGACUUGGCAGACCGCAGCGGAGAGGCAGGUUUGUGUUUUACCCCAAGAACCCAUUCACCAACCCCUAAAAACGAGGUUGGGGCAAAUUCUUGAUCAACCCAUCCCUUGGAGUUGUCUCACGAUCAUCGUGGAUUUGGCUAAAUUAAUUCCAGUGCAGUGCAGAUCCGUAGUCAGUCAGUCUGCCUCGACAUUCCAUAACUUGUUGCCGGACAAAGCGGAGAUUUGUUUUCGUCUGUGGAUUCAAUUGCUCCAAAUUGGAAAUACAUCUUUCUCAAACCGGAGUGAAAGGUCACCACAACCAACAUCGGUGCCGCUGGAUGCAAUUCAUCAGGUGAAAGUACUUGGCUGCCGUGACAAAUGUGUUGUAACAUCAACCGGUGAAGACCCGCGGGGAGGCUGGUGGUUGGGUCAUGACACGGAAGAAGAGUCGAUUUUAAUCGCAUAACCAGCCCCAGAGUGCCAGCUCACCUAAAGUGUACAGACUAAAACCGACGACGAGAGACAGUGGCGAGAAUAUCGUUAGACUUGUUUUUGGUUGUUGUUGUUGUUGUUGUUGCUAUUGCUGCUGGUUGAUACAGAUAUUUUCUUUCAUAAACUGAGCACAAUCAUCCAAGAGCCACCAUGCGUCGCAACACGCGCGUCCUGCUAAAGUACGCCCUCGUGGGCGGCUUCGUGCUGCUCUUCCUGGUGCUGAUCGUGCGCUCGUUCAACGUGGUCGACCGUCAAAAUCUGCUCGACGAAAGUCCCGCCGAACCGCUCGCCCAGCACCGCAAGCAGGGCUCGUUCUUCAACGGGCCAAAAAAGAACGUCCACAAGAAGCGCAUCGACUGGCACGACUACAAGCUGAUCGAGGCCGAGCGGAGUCGGAGUGGGGUGGGGGAGCACGGCAAGCCGGGACAUUUGGAGAAGAAGGACGAGGAGAUGCAGGACAAGCUGUUCAAGAAGAACGGGUUCAACGCGGUGCUGAGUGAUUUGAUAUCGUUGAACCGGUCGUUGCCGGAUAUUCGACAUCCGGGGUGUAAGAAGAAGAAGUAUUUGAGUGAGUUGCCCACGGUUAGCGUGGUGGUUCCGUUUUACAACGAACACUGGAGUACGCUGUUGCGGACGGCGUCUAGCGUGCUAUUGAGGUCACCGCCGGAGUUGAUCAGUGAGAUUAUACUGGUGGACGAUUGUAGUACGAAGGAGUUUUUAAAGGAUCAGUUGGAUCGGUACGUGGCGGAGAAUAUGCCGAAGGUUAAGGUGAUUCACUUGCCUGAGCGUUCCGGGUUGAUUACAGCGCGGUUGGCCGGGGCAAAGGCCGCUACGGCGGAUGUGUUGAUCUUCUUGGAUUCGCACACGGAAGCGAAUGUGAACUGGUUGCCGCCGCUGUUGGAGCCGAUCGCGGAGGAUUACCGGACGUGCGUUUGUCCGUUUAUUGACGUGGUCGCGUGGGAUACGUUUGAGUAUCGGGCACAGGACGAGGGCGCGAGGGGAGCGUUCGAUUGGAAGUUUUACUAUAAGCGGUUGCCGCUGCUGCCGAAGGAUUUGGCGAAUCCGACGGAACCUUUCGAGAGUCCCAUUAUGGCUGGUGGGUUGUUCGCGAUCAGUUCCAAGUUCUUCUGGGAGUUGGGUGGGUACGACGAGGGGUUGGACAUCUGGGGCGGUGAGCAGUACGAGUUGAGCUUUAAGAUUUGGCAGUGCGGUGGUCAGAUGUACGACGCACCGUGUUCACGGGUUGGUCACAUUUAUCGAGGGUACGCGCCGUUUGGCAAUCCCCGGAAGAAGGACUUCCUUACGCGAAACUACAAACGUGUUGCUGAAGUUUGGAUGGACGAGUACAAAGAGUAUUUGUACGUGCGAGAUCGCAAGAAGUACGACAACACUGACGCCGGAGACCUGUCCAAGCAGCUGGCAAUCCGCGAGAAACUUCAAUGCAAACCAUUCAAGUGGUUCAUCGAGCACGUUGCGUUCGACCUGAUCGAAAAGUAUCCCCCAGUCGAACCGCCGGACUUCGCCAACGGUGCCAUCCAGUCCGUCUCGAGCCCCAACCUCUGCGUGGACACGCUCAGCCACGGCGAAAAAGAGACAAUCGGGUUGUUCGGUUGCGCCGCCGACAAGGCCCAACCCCAGGCGAACCAGUUCUUCCAGCUGUCCUGGCAUCGCGACCUCCGCAUCAAGUACGGCGAACUGUGCUGGGACGUGUCGGAGAGCAUCGCCAACGCCAAGAUUCUGCUCUACCACUGCCACGGAGGCCAGGGCAACCAGCUGUGGCGGUACGACCUGGACAGCCAGCAGAUCCGCCAGGGCAAGAACAAUCGCUGCCUCGAUAUGGACGCCGACAAGCGGGCCGUGUUUGUGAAUCCCUGCUCGGAGUCGAAUCCGAACCAGCGGUGGAAGUGGGGCUACCUCAAUAUGACCGCGCUAAGGCACUGGGACUCGUACGGGGCGAAAAUAAUCGAGUAGGGGAGGGAGGGAGGUUUGCUCAACAAUCGCAGCACAUCACAGCGUUGGAAUUUGUAUGAUUUACAAUUGUUAGUAUGGAGAAAGAUAGAAGAAGUUCGUGUGAUAAGAGGGAUUUGUUCGCGCGUAAACGAAAGCAAUCACCGUUGAGACUGGGGCGGAACUGAGAAAAAAAAAUGUUGGGAUCGUGGGGAGAAUCGAGGGUGGGAGUGUUCUGAAGUACAACUGUUAAAAAGGGAUGCGAUUCUGGAUGGACAUUUCGAAAAAAACAUCUGGAUGAUUUUGAAAUUUAUUCUUUUUUUUUCGUGAAUAUGUCGUUUACACAAAGGAUGAACAGAUCUUUACAAAAUUCAAUCAUUAAAUAAUUGUUUGAUUGGGAAAUUUUCCUUGCCAAUAAAGUUUGGAAAAACUUGAAAGGCUUGAGAAUAUUUUCCAAAUAUGUAUUUAAAAAUUUUGUAUUUGGAAAUAUUUUGUGAAAUCACACAAGAUAAAAUUUGUUAAGUUGUAAGUUCAAUGCCGUAAAUAUCAGAAAUCGUUCCAGAAUGGAGAUUAAAAAAAGAUAAAUUUAAAAUUACUAUCUACUACUUGAGUUUUGAAAGCACCUUUAAGGAAAAUGCUGUAACUUACAAAGUUCUGCUUUUUGCAGACGAUGUAUAGGUCGACAGCAAGCAGUCGACAGAAAUUGAUUUAAGUUGAACAAAAGUUGUCCAAGAGCUGGCGUCUCGUUUAACCUUAAAACAUCAAAAACAUUAAAGUGGCCAGGCCUACUGCCUAAAAUUUACCGCAGAAAAUAUUCGUUGAAUAGGAUUGAGUUUGAGCAUAAAUGUCAAAACAACAACGCCGUUCUGAACUUACAGGGGAGGAUAAAACUGUUUAAACUAGAUUUUACAAACUUUUUUUUUACUUUCAAAUGAAAUAUUUCUGUAAAGAAAGUCCUCGGAAAAGUUAAUUCUUUAAACAUCACAUUUUUUUUCGUUUGAUAUUUAUAUCAGUUAUAUAAUCAGUUUAAAAAUCCUUUUCAAAAAUGGUGUUGCCGUACAAAGUGUCACUGCGCUUAGAAUAUAAGCGUUAUUGUUGUGUAAAAGAUAAUCAGUAUUUUAAACAAAAUUUCAGGGCUUGAUUUCAAAAAUCCGUAUUUUCAAAAGCAUCUGGCGGGUUGUGAACUUUGGAACAAAUCGAAAUCUUGCUGAAUUUUUUUCAGUCGAUUAGAACUCUUGAAAUGUUUCAAAUUUAUGAUUUUUUUUUCGAGUAAAUCAAACACAAUUAACUGUGAAAUGAGGUCAUGGACCAUUAAAAUAGCGAAUUUUUUUUUUAAAAAGGGUGCUCUUUUACAAAUAUUCUACAGAUUUCUUUUCGAUUGAAAAUUUAUUUUUUCAGGAAAAGUUGAAAACUUGUUUUAAUUUUGCAUAAACUUUCAGAAGUUUCACUUUUUCGUUUGCCUUGUUGGUUUGUCAAAUUAAAAAGUAAUCAACUGUAAUUUUUUACCCGGCGCUCACGCAUACUAUCAAAAUAAACGUUUUGGUAGUGUGUGUGAGCGCCAUGUAAAAGCGGGGUCAAGCUUAAAAAGAAGCUUGAUAGAUUGAUAACAAUCUGAGCUUAAUUUUUUUUGUUUCACAAAAUUACGCUUGGUUUCAAAAAUCAAUCCAACUAUAAAGGUUUUUUAAAAUUAAAUUGUGAAUUGUAUGGACGAAAAAACGGAUUUUUGGUUAAAACGAAGGGUCCACAAAGUCCCUUUAUGUUGAAUAAAAAAAUGAAAGAAUUAGGUCCUAAAAUUGAAUUAAGAUUGCUGAUAUUAUUGUUCACAACAAUAAAGCAUAUUUUUCUGAGCACAAUGACCCUUUGUACGACCACAAAGAGUUUAAAUUGGAUUUUUAAAUCAAUUUACAAAAAUUAACCUCGCGGUCCUUCUUGACAGAAAAGGUCCUACUUGACAGCUCGUUCCAAGGGGACCAUAGUUGAUCCAUCGAAAAAAUGUUGUCCUGUAAAUUUUUUUUUUGCCAUUAGAAUGAAAAAAAAGUGAUCAGAAAUGGUUUUUAAUCGUUUUUUUUACCGUUGUUUUUUACAUUUGAAGAGAAAUCGAUCGCUUAAAAUUAAGAAGUUACUUUUUUGAAAAAUGUCCAUCUGGGUUUGCACAAAAGCCCACAACUGCACACUUGCCAUGUAAGAUAAUGAUAAACGAUUCGCGCUUGGCAUUCUGGAUACAAAGUAAUCAAAUUAUCACAACUCUACACAUACACAUAUCUAGUCUGUAAGAUUUUUUUCUCUGUGAGGCAGCCACAAAUUCAAACAAACAAAAUGUUAACAGGACAAGAGCCGCAUUUAUCAAAACCACUUGCCAUCUUCCACGAAACGCAAUCGAAACAGACAUUUCCAGAUUAGAAAAAACUAAACGCAAUGUUAAGCUAGAUUUCCGGUGACGCCAAUAUCGAAUUAAGAAAAGGGAAACAAUAAAUAUGAAACUCGUUGUUAAACACACCA